UUCCAGUCAGAGAAGGAAACCAGUGCCUGGCCCUCUCACCAGCUUUUAACUUGCCAUGAUCAAGUGCUUGUCAGCUGAUGUGCAAGCCAGAUUGCGUUCUGGUCUGGCUCUGUGCUCCUUGGGCCAGUGUGUUGAGGAGCUUGCCCUCAACAGUAUUGAUGCGGAAGCAAAAUGUGUGGCUGUCAGGGUGAAUCUGGAAACUUUCCAAGUUCAAGUGAUAGACAAUGGAUUGGGGAUGGGGAGUGAGGAUGUAGACAAAGUGGGAAACCGUUAUUUCACCAGUAAAUGCAACUCUCUACAGGACUUGGAAAAUCCAAGGUUUUAUGGUUUCCGAGGGGAGGCCUUGGCAAGUAUAGCUGACAUGGCCAGUGCUGUGGAAAUUUCAUCCAAGAGAAAUAGGACAAUGAAAACUUUUGUGAAACUCUUUCAGAAUGGAAAAGCCCUGAAAGCUUGUGAAGCUGAAUUGAAUAGACCAAGCACUGGGACAACAGUAACAGUAUAUAAUCUAUUUUACCGGUUACCUGUAAGGAGGAAAUGCAUGGACCCCAGACUGGAGUUUGAGAAAGUGAGGCAGAGGAUAGAAGCACUCUCACUUGUGCACCCUUCCAUUUCUUUCUCUUUGAGAAAUGAUGUUUCUGGUUCCAUGGUUCUUCAGCUCCCUAAAACCAAAGACAUAUGUUCCCGAUUUUGUCAAAUUUAUGGACUGGGUAAGUCCCAAAAGUUAAAAGAAAUGAAAUUUAAAUACAAGGAGUUUGAGCUUAGUGGCUAUAUCAGCUCUGAAGCACAUUAUAAUAAGAAUAUGCAGUUUUUGUUUGUGAACAAAAGGCUAGUUUUAAGGACAAAGUUGCAUAAACUCAUUGACUUUUUAUUAAGGAAAGAAAGUAGUAUAUGCAAGCCAAAGAAUGGCUCUGCCAGUAGGCAAAUGAAUUCAAGUCCUCGGCAUCGGUCAAACCCAGAACUCCAUGGGAUCUAUGUAAUCAACGUGCAGUGCCAAUUCUGUGAGUAUGAUGUGUGCAUGGAGCCAGCAAAAACUCUGAUUGAGUUUCAGAACUGGGAUACUCUCUUGAUUUGCAUCCAGGAAGGAGUAAAAAUGUUUUUAAAGAAAGAAAAAUUAUUUGUGGAAUUAUCAGGUGAAGAUAUUAAAGAAUUUAAUGAAGAUAAUGAUUUUAGUGUCUUUAGUGCCACUCUUCAGAAGCAGGUGUCCACCGAUGAAAAGUGUGACCAGGUCAGUUUCCAAGAAGCAUGUACUAAUAUUUUAGAUUCCUAUGAAAUGUUUAAUUUGCAAUCCAAAGCUGUGAAAAGAAAAGCUACUACAGAAAAUAUAAACACAGAAAAUUUUCAGGAUCCAGAGGUUAUCCAACGAAAGACAAACAAUUCAUUUUUGUAUACUCAAGAAUCAGAUAGCACAAGCCAUAGUAAAAUGACAGAGUUGCCUUUGCAAAACAAAGCAAGCUCUUGUUUAGAAUCAGGGAUCUUAGAACAAGAGGCAGCUGAAGCAUCAGAACCAGAAGAAAGUAAGAAGCAUAAAAAAUCUAGCUUAGAACUGAACUCUUCAGAAAAUCCACAUGAGACAAGUUCAGAAAUGCUUGCAAGCCCCUCUCAGACACCGUAUCAUUUGGAGGAGAUUAGAGAAGACCUAGAAAUACAGAAAGUAAAUACUGCUCUUAAAUGCAAGUCUUCCAACAUGCUGAAGAACAAUCAAAUUAAAAAUCAAGUGGAGAGAUUUAAAGAGGCUUCUGAAAAUGUAUGCCAACCUCUGCCUUUUGAGAGAACGUUAAGAGUACAUUGUGCUCGUAGAGAAGAAAACAGAAAUAAAGAACCUAGUAAUUGUGAAAGAAUUAAUGUUUUUAGUUAUGGACAAGUUAAAUUAUCUUCCACUGGCUUCAUAACUCAUGUGGUACAAAGUGAGCAGGGUAAAUCGACAGAAACAGAAUUUUUAUUAAAAAAUUGUGUUCAGCCUGGUCCUGUGAGUGCCAAAGAAACAUUUGGAAAUAGAAAAUGCCUUUCGGUUGAGACUCCAAAUAGCAAUGAUUUAACCAGCACGUUAAGUAAAGAAUUUCCUCAACUGCCCAACAAAAAUUUGAGUAGAACAAGUAGAAGUUACGGGCUAGAGAGCAAGCCUGAAGCAACUUACAAAAAUUUUGCUGUUUUCCAGGAACAUAGCAAAAAACCACACACAGGUUGCUUAUUACCUAAUACAACCUCUUUCCCUUGGUGCAGACAUGUUUCAAACGGUAGUAAGAAAACAAAGAAAUUAAUCAGUUCCUCCAAUCCCAUAACCCAUAAAAAGCUAUGCUUAAGUUUGCAAUUAGGAUCUUUAGAGAGGUUUAAGAGACAAUAUGGGAGAGUUGAAAAUUCUCUGAAUCCAGAAGAGGAAGAAAAUAAUUCUGAAAUCAUUACUAAUCUCAGCCCUCAAGCUGAACCUGACAUCCUACAGAAAGAAAGAAACUACAUUGAUAACUCUGACAUUUGUGACAUCACUGAUAUGGAACAUAAUGCUCCAAACAGUUGUCAACUAAAUCACAUCCUUUAUUCAGAGAAGUUUCCAUUCUCUGAGGAAGAAGAUUGUUUGGAACAACAAAUACCUUGCUUAAGAGACAGCCCUGUAACACUACAGGAGUUAUCUUACGUGAACAGAAAGCCUUUGGAUGUUGAGAAGUCACCUGCAUCAUUAGCUUCUAAAUUAUCCAGGAUGAAAGAUUCUGAAAGAGAGACUGGAACAGUGGAGAGGAGUCAUUUUAACGAACUUUCACAAUCAGAUUCAGUCUUGGAUUUGGUCAUACAGGGUAACUCCUUCAAUAAAGAUAAUGAAACAUAUUCUGACAAUGUUACAACAGAGAAUUCUGUGAUGCCAGAAACACCUUUGAUACUACCUUGUAAUAAUGCUACAGUUACCAAUCAAGAUUCAGAUAUUUUUAUAGCACCACAACAACAGAUAGGAAGUCCUGACUCUUCUUGUAGAAUGGCACUGAGUCAGGCGAAAGACUCUGCAGAGGAGCCAAAUGGAACUUGUUUCCAGAGUGAGGAAUCUACAGCAAGAACUAGUUCUGAAAGCGAUGAGCCAAACACAUGUUCUUUGGAUUGGCAGGAGCAUUUUGAUGUAGCCCUGGGAAGAAUGGUUUACAUUAAUAAGAUAACUGGCCUUAGCUCGUUCACUGCGCCUGCAGAAGAUGUGCAGACUGCUUGUACUAAAGACCUGAGCACUGUGGCGGUGGACGUCCUGCUUGAGAACGGCUCUCAGUACAGGUGUCAUCCUUUUAGAAGCAGCCUUGUUCUUCCUUUCCUUCCUAGAGCUCGGGAAGACAGGACUAUGAUGAUACCGACUAACAGAGAUACUGUGAGUGAUGCUUUUGUCAGUGAAUCACUUCAAUCUUUGAUCUCGGAAUGGGACAACCCAGUAUUUCCCCGUUACCCAGAGGUUGCUGUUGAUGUGAGCAGUGGCCAGGCUGAGAGCUUGGCAGUUAAGAUCCACAACAUUUUGUUUCCCUACCGUUUUACCAAAGAAAUGAUUCAUUCAGUGCAGGUUCUGCAGCAAGUGGAUAACAAGUUUAUUGCCUGUUUAAUGAGCACUAAGACUGAAGAGAAUGGAGAAGCAGGUGGGAACUUGCUAGUUGUGGUGGACCAGCAUGCUGCUCAUGAGCGUGUCCGUUUGGAGCAGCUGAUCAUUGAUUCCUAUGAGAAGCAACAGUCACAAGGCUCUGGUCGGAAAAAAUUACUGUCUUCCACUGUAAGUCCUCCUCUAGAGAUAACAGUCACAGAAGAACAAAGAAGACUCUUACGGUGUUACCACAAAAAUCUGGAAGAUCUGGGCCUUGAAAUUAUAUUUCCAGACACCAGUAAUUCUCUGGUCCUUGUAGGAAAAGUACCACUCUGUUUUGUAGAAAGAGAGGCCAAUGAACUUCGAAGAGGAAGGUCUACCGUGACCAAGAGUAUCGUGGAGGAUUUUAUUCGUGAACAAGUGGAGCUACUGCAGACCACAGGAGGCAUCCAAGGGACUUUGCCACUGACUGUCCAGCGGGUGUUGGCGUCCCAGGCCUGCCACGGAGCCAUUAAGUUUAACGAUGGCCUGAGCCUAGAGGAGAGCCGUCGCCUCAUGGAAGCCCUGUCCCGCUGCCAGCUGCCGUUCCAGUGCGCCCACGGGAGGCCGUCCAUGCUGCCGCUGGCCGACAUAGAGCACUUGGGGCAGGAGAAACAGACUAAACCCAAUCUUGCUAAACUUCGAAAAAUGGGCCAAGCUUGGCGUCUCUUCGGAAAAGCAGAAGGAUGUGAUACAAGGCACAGCUUGCAGGCGCCCAUGCCUCCUUGAGAGCCGGCACACGAGAACAGAAUUCUUGAUCCAAGGAGCCAAAGGGUGCAGCUGUGUGCUCUGGGCAGAGUGUGAGCUGCAGGCAUGGCCCAGCUGCCAGUCAGCCUGACGCACCCCAGCACUGUCAGUCCUCUGGGGCAGAGGACCCCAUUAAUUACACAGUCAGAUGGAACUCAAGAUGAGGACAGUUUAUUCAUUUGCCUCUGUGGACUCAGGAGGCAAACGACACUUAUUUUUUGGGUAGCUUAUUUAGGGAUAAAAUUUAAUGAUUAAUUGCCUGAU